CGCAGUACCUCCUCAGCCGACCGGAGCACCCGACAGCGGACCCAAACAACCCUCGCCCGCCAAACAUGAGCGGCUUCGCAGGCGCAAGCUCCAGCACCGCCCCGCCCGACGACAAGAACAGCGUCGUCCUCAAGGUCGGCAUGGUCGGCGACUCGCAGAUCGGCAAGACCUCACUCAUGGUCAAGUACGUCGAGGGCUCGUACGAUGAGGACUACAUCCAGACACUCGGCGUCAACUUCAUGGAGAAGACGAUCUCGAUCCGCAACACCGAGAUCACGUUCUCGAUCUGGGACCUCGGCGGCCAGCGCGAGUUCGUCUCGAUGCUGCCCUUGGUCUGCAACGACGCCGUCGCCAUCCUCUUCAUGUUUGACCUGUCGCGCAAGAGCACGCUCAACUCGAUAAAGGAGUGGUACCGCCAGGCGAGGGGCUUCAACAAGACGGCAAUUCCCUUUCUCGUCGGCACCAAGUACGACGCGUACAGCACCUUCUCGCAAGACGAACAGGAGGAGAUUGCGCGGCAGGCAAAACGCUUCUCCAAGGCGAUGAAGGCGCCCUUGAUCUUCUGCUCGACGAGCCACUCGAUCAACGUGCAGAAGAUCUUCAAGAUUGUCCUCAGCAAGGCGUUCGACCUCAAGUGCACGAUUCCCGAGAUCAGCGACGUCGGCGAGCCGCUCCUCAUAUACCUCGACGUUUGACCUCUCUGCCUCGCCCGACCUCCCUCUCGCGCUCCCCCGAGACCUUCUCUGCAGCAUUAGUCCCUCCAGCAUACCCCCUCUCUCGGUCCCUCUCCCUCGUUCGCUCCCUCUUGCAGUGUCUUUUCGCCACACCUCGUUGUCCCAGUACCCGCCGGCCCUCUCCCCUCGUUCGAGCCUCUCUCGAGCGCUCCCUCCUCGCCCGCACCUGCAACUCUUGCUCGUCGUUCUCGCCUCUC